AUGGCAGGUAAAAGAGGUAGACCACCAAAACAUAAACCAUUAAACACAGGCGAUCGACAACCAGCAGCAAAUGAAGUACCUCCUUUAUCACCUACUGCAAAAAAUGAAUCAUUACCUAAACUAUUAUUACCAUCUACAGAUAUACUAAAAAAGAUCAUAUCAAGUAAACAUAUUGAAAACUUGAUCACCAAAUAUGACAAUCACAACAAAGAUGACAAUGACAAUGGUGAUGAUACAACCUCAAAUAUGAUGAUUGAUGAAACAGAUUUGACUGCUGCCAUCAAAGAUGUAAAUACAUUUAAACAAUACAUUACAAAUACAAAACUAUUGUUAAACGAACAAAUCGAUAAAUUGAAUCAAUAUAAAGAUCAACAACAGGAAUUUAUUGUACAAAGAUUAAAAUACAACACAUUAAAGAAACAAUUAAAAUCACUACCUCAAACUACUACACAACCAACAACAACUACUACUACUACAACAACAACAUCGUCGCCACUAGAACAACAACAACAACAAAAUGAUCAAUCUACAAUCGAUCAAAAAGUAAAUGUUUCUACACCAAUGACCGAUGUCACUACAACUGUUAUCAAUAGUACUACAUCUGAACAAGAUGAUAUAUCUGAACAAAGCCAAGAAGAGGGAGAAGAAGAAGGAGAAGAAGAAGAACAUUCACCAGUUGCAUUGGCAGUGACGGCGGCAGUGGAAGGAGGCGAGCAAAAUACUAAAAUGGCGAUUGAAGAAUCUCCACAAAUACAAACCCCAUCAACACCAACUAUCCAACAUACAUCUCCUACUCCCCCUGUAACCACACCUACCUCUACAACAACCAAUAAUAAUCAAAAUAAUAAUAUUAAUACCUCCUCAACAAGUGUUGUACAACAAUUGGAAGAGGUAAAACAACAACAACAACCUUUGACAUUAAACAAUUCAAGUCAAACAACACCUAAUCUAUCUGGAAGAUUAAGAAAGAAACCAAAACACCACGACGAAAUAGAUGAUAUAGAUAUUGGGACUAUGCAUGAACAGUCUAACAAUGUACCAUCAUCUUUUGUAGCAACACAAGAGAAACCAAAAGUGAUGAAACUAACAGAAUUGGACAAUAGUGACCUUUUGGUCGAUGAUCAGACGGUAACCAGCGAGUCUGACUCUUCUUUUCCAACCACUUCAACUUCAUCAUCGGCACAAUCUAAAAAGACGUCUGGAAAGAAAAGAGGUAAUCAUACAAAGAGAAAAGGACCAAAAGAUCACGAACACAAGAAAAAAUCACACCACGAAAAUGAACAACAACCAAAAGUUCAUUAUGUUGGACCCAAUGUAUUUUGGGCAGCAAUGGAUUCAUACUUUAGAAAUAUUACAGAUGCAGACCUAGAAUUGAUAACACCAAAAGGCGAAGAAAAUUAUACAACCUAUUUGCUAACACCACAAUUGGGAAGCCAUUACACAGAAGUUUGGACAAACGAAGACCAAGAAAGAAUUCGUCACAACACAAUAUCAAGACAACAACACCGUUCGUCCACAAAUAAUCUAGAUACAAUGGAAGUUGAACGUGAAGAAUCUGGUGGCACUUCAAGUGAAUUGAAUCUUGGAGAUCUAUCGAUUAGACUUUUAUCAUGUCUUAUCGAUGAAAAUAUUCUAUCAACCACUUCAAGCAACAAUAGUGGUGGUGGAAAUAGUUUUCCAACACCCAAGAAACCAUUGUUACCAUCAGACCCAAUCAUUAUUGAUUAUAAUACAACUAAUCAACUAUCGAUAGAGGAAAGAAUUCAAAGGGAAUUGUUAAGUUUAGGAUUCUAUGACGAUUACCACCAACCAAAUCAACUUGCAGCGAGUAGUAGUGCCAAAAAUAAGCAAUCAUCUCAAACCAUCCUACAAGUGAUGGCAUCACAACAACAACAACAAAAUAGCUUUGAAGACGAUGAAAUAUGCGCAGAACUACGAUAUAUUCAAAGUCAACUAAGAGAUCAAGUCAAUAUUAACAAUCAAUUGAAAUCACAAGCACUUUCAACAUGUACAAAACUAUUAUCAAAACAAAAGGAAAAAGAAAAGAAACAAUCUUUUAUUUCAAAUGCCGAAAAGAAUUAUCAAAAGUUUAUAAAAAGAGAUAGAAAGAAAAAGAAAUUGGUUAAAUCAAAUUCUUAA